GUCCUCUGACUUGAGCGAGUGUGCGCACGGUACCGCCCACUAGUCUCUCCUGAGCCUCUGUUCGACUAGACGUGUAAAAUCGAGCUCUGAAAUGAAGGCCUUGCUUCUACUUCUCCUGGCCGCAGCUGCCUAUGGGCAGGUACCGGAACCAUGCAGGACGCCGAGUGUCUUUGAGUCGAACAUUGGAGUGCAAGACAGCAGCAGGGGGUUCUAUGUGCGCGCCAAGCUGUCAUACGACCGCUACAACAUGCGCAUCCGCAGGAUCGAGGAGGUCGACGAGAGCCGGACAGGGAAGGAAUUCUUUGACGUGUUGUACCUGCACAACACCGUGCCGGGUAAAGAGUACCGCUUCAACCUGAGGACCAAGCAGUGCGAGACCCGGGAACUGAACUAUCCCUUCCGGCCCUUGGAAGUCCCCCCGAACGCCACACACAUGGGUGACUUCACCAUCGGCACCAAGGGGGCCCCGCACGAGGGGGUAGAAGUUAGCUUGUGGGGGGAUCGGAACCAAGAGGAGGGUACUGAAUGGGUGGGUUCGUUCACCAGCACUGGCUGUGUCCCCGUCAGCGACAUGUUCUACAGCCAGAGGACUGGCAGGGUGACGACGGAAUUCUUUGACGUCACCCUGGGGAUCGCCGAUGCUAACGUCUUCAUCCCACCCAGAGAAUGCAUGGGGCCUCCUCCUCCACUCCCUCCGCAUUGAGGACAGCAAAAUGCAUAUCUUCUGUAGAGGUGGAGCAAGAGGAAUCCUCUUUCGAUUAACUGCUGAUGUUCGAAUACAGUUCCGUUUAUCCCUUCAUUCGAAUACCUGUUUAAGUGAUCUAUGCGUUCGAAUAACUAUUCAAUCUAUCUCUACUGUUCGAAUAACUGUUAGAUUUAUCUCUACGUUCUAAUAUUUGUUCGAUUUAUCUCCACUCACAGUCGAACACCUGGUCGAUUUAGCUCUACGUUCGAUUUAUAGGUUAUUGCCCUAAAUAUCUCAUGUUGUGCUAGAGAUAUCAAUCCUCUACAUCCAUGUUUACGCAGUUACAUUGUAUCCAUGCGACUUUAACAAAAUUUGAAGCACCUUGUUAUAGCGUUUCCUUGUCACAAUCACCUCUACUGGUAGCAAAUAUAACGUUUACGGCUAACGUUACGUUCAAAGUAGAACCCUUGCUAUUUUGAUGGGAAUGCGAAUAAAAUCUAGAUCAAUUAA